AGACUGACAAAACUCCACUGAGAAACGGAGGUGAACAAGACGCAAAUCGAGUUGUUGCGAAAGCAGCCACAAUCAGUUAUCACUUCUCCUAUAUUCAUAUCAAUAUGACCACGUUUUGUCGAGUGUUGCUAAUAUUUGGUAUUUAUGUGGCAGUUUGUUGCGCGCAAUCAGUCGAAGACGACGUUUUUCAUUUCACGAACCCGUCGCAAGGCAACGCCGUCUGGAUACUCGACGAAUCCAGUUUACCAUGGACCGGUGGUUAUCAGUUUUUAAGGUCAAUCUCCGGAAUGCCAACUACACUUCUUUCGGUUGUUGACAGCUCAACAGGUGUUACGUUAGGUCAAUGUGUUGCACCACAAGAUGCCACCGGAAAUUUCUCGAAACGAUGGGAAAGGUUCAGCUGGGAGCUGACUGCCUCCGGGCUCGACUGCACAUUCGAGCACGGAGCCGCGAUACGUGUGGAGUUUGAUCGUACUCAAAAUCCACGCACUUUUUCGAUCCGUAUCCAAUCGAUCACGGGACCAGCCUGCCUACGCGACGUUGUUGUCCAAACCGAACAAGCCACCGGAUGCCCACCACAUCUCUCAAGGAACUCGUUCACCGCCAACGCACUCAACUGUUCCUGCCCCUUCUUGGAUGCAGCUAAUGAGGAUUCGGAGAUUGAAAACGAGGAUGUCGAUAUGCUCGCCAACACACCUCAGUUCCCAUUGUUCAAGGGAAUCGACCCCUCGGUUCUAGGAAGCGCCAACCCUCCAACACUUCCACCAUCGCCAUGUGCCAACCACGAAUGUCACAAUAACGGCACGUGUCUAGUUUCCCAAGAAGGCGCCGCCACGUGUUUGUGCCGUAAUGGCUUCACGGGGGAUCGUUGCGAGUUGGACGUAUGCUCUUCGGUGCCAUGCCAAAACGGCGGAGUAUGCCGAUCGAACAAUGGAAUCGCUUAUUGCGAAUGCCCGCCUGCAUUCACUGGACUGCUCUGCGAAUCGGCCCACACCGACGAAUCGGUUGCUCCAAUUUGUAGACCGGAAUGCUCCAACGGCCAAUGUGUAUUCAAAGAUGGUCAAGCUCAAUGCGAGUGUCGUCAGGGUUUCACCGGCGCCAACUGCAACGUACUUGACGUGUGCCUCGGAGAUGCCGCUUGUUCCAUGUUCGGUCCAUUGGCGAAAUGCGUUCUCGAUGACAACAUGGACAAAAUGUCCAGUCUCACAUUGAUCAACGGCACUUAUGAUUGCCUGUGUCCACAUCCAAUUCAUGGACAAUUUGUCGACUGCAUGCAACUUCACGCACCAUCUGCAACCAGCGUUCAGCCAACGGAACAAGUUGUCAUCAACAAUGUGACACCAUCGUUCCCAGUUUUGGAAAUUUCAAAGCUUCCGACAGGUGCACCAGUGACUUUCACGGCUACUUCAACAACUCUUAUGGUCACACAGCCAACUGUGACUGUUUCUCCUACUCAUCAAGUUCCUUCUGAGCCAUUUGUUGGAUUCACAGUAACCCGUGCGCCACUUCGACCACUCGACAUCGGCUCGACGACCCUUCCACCACCAUUCAACCAGCACAUCAUUACCGCUGGAGAGCCAACCUGGAGCAGUCAGCAGCCACAUCAACCAUCAGAAGUACCAACCCAAACCACGUUCAUCUUCCCACAAACCCCAGAAACCACCACUUUUGCACCAACAACUGGAACACAGCAGCCAGUGCACAAGUUUGUGUCACCAAGUGUUCCAGAUGAGAAUGAAGAAGAGGAGGAAGAGGAGACGACUGAAGAGACCGAGGAAACCUUCCCAACACCAAGCACAAUGCAAGUCGCCACAAACGGACAAUUCACAACUGAAACCGCAUUUGUUACUUCGACAAUUCCAUCAACGACAACUGACAUGGAAGAGACCGACGAAGACGAAGAUAUGACUGAAGAAGUCACUGAUAGCUCAACGCAACCAUCAACUACUGUCUUUGUUCAACCAACCACCACAUUCACCACAGAAGCUCCAACGACCACAAUGGAGGAGGAAGAGGAAAUGACGACUGAUCAAGUGGAGGACAUCGAGUCUGAAGAGAUUGCAACCACGACAACACAGACAAGCUUGCCGUUCUGGAUGACCACUACCAAUAAGCAAGUUGUACCAGAUAGCCCAACACCAAUGGUUAUCAUGCCACAUCCUCAACCAGAUGAGAAGAUGGAAACGAGUACGGAAGGAGUUGUUGACGAGGAGAGCGACGAGGAAAGAACGACAGUUCCAGAAUCAAACGAAGAAGUUGUGACAAAGAAUGCUGAAGCCACCACUCCAUCAGAUAUCACACAUCAUCACACCUCGAGUGGAAAGCAGUCGAGCGCAGCUGCCAGCUGGAUAAUCGCUAUCAUUGCUUUAAUUGUACUCGGCCUUUUGCUUCUUGCCACCAGCUUGUUCAUUCUUCGAUACAUUCGCCAGUCACGUAAAUUGCACGGAAAAUACAAUCCGGCGCGCGAGGAGCACAACCUGUCGGCUGCCUACGCGAUGCCGAUGUCUCACAUCGCCAAGGAGGAGCGGCUGAUCUAAGCCGAUCGGAAAGCAGAGCGUUAACUGUAUAAUUGUUACCAACUUUUUUUUUCUCGUCAUAUCUAUUAUAUAUUUCUAUAUUUUGAUAUCUAUGUCCUCUAUUUCUCACUCGUUUCAACUCUCAUCUCUCGUCACUCUUUUCUCUUCCCUUUACCACAGAGACACAAAAAACCCACCCCACAAACACACGCUUUUCAGUAUUCUGAUGUCUUUCCGUUUUACUUUUGUUUAAACCUUUUUUCUCACUCCUGUAACUCCAUCCUCCCUUUUCCGGCAAACUGACUGCUCUGUGACAGUGGUUUUUUUUACACAACGGGUUGCGUAAUGUUUUUCCCCUUUUAGAUCAAAUGGAUCUUGUUUGGCCUACGUUCUAUUGCUUGCUCGUGUACUCCCAAGUGAUGGGAUAAGCUGCAGGUUGACGGUAUCUGUUGCUUACCAAUGUUUUGUCAUCUGUCUAAUUUUUUUUAACUGUAUCAAACGUGUAACCCCCCACCCCCACCCCAUCUUCACUUUUCGACCAUACUUCACUUUCUUAAUAAUAAUUGUCUUGAAAUGUCAUUUUUCUGUGUUGUCAGAACUUAAGAACUUUUUGACUUGGAGAGCUAUCGACAGCCUAGUUUUAAAAAGUAAAGUUAUAUUAUGAUAGCUUUAUUAUUCACAAAAAUAUUUUUUGUCUUUAAGGUUUUUAAUCUUAAAAACAACAUUUAAUAAUUAAUAAAAUUCUAAAUUAAAAUA